UCACAAACUUAAGCCGUGGACGAAGACAGACUCAGACACGUUCACUCAAACACACAAGCUCAGGACCGAAGACAACACAGUAGCACAGUUUCACUGGAAUUUUCAGCCCAUUUCAGACCACUUUGUUGUCCAGUAUGGAGCUUUUUGAGACCAACCCAUACUUCUUCCCUGACCAGCGCUUCUAUGAGGGAGGAGACAGCUACUUUCCCUCACGCUUGCCCGGAGGGUACGACCAAGGUGCCUACCAGGAUAGGAACUCCAUGAUGGGCUUGUGUGGGAGUAUGUCCGGGGGUAUUGGAGUCGGGGUGACGGGGACGGAGGACAAAGCCUCACCAUCCAGCCUGUCUCCUCACUCUGAGCCUCACUGCCCUGGUCAGUGUCUACCCUGGGCCUGUAAGCUGUGCAAGAGGAAGACGGUGACCAUGGACCGCCGGAGGGCGGCCACGCUUAGGGAGAAGAGGCGCCUGAAGAAGGUGAACGAGGCCUUUGAUGCUCUGAAGAGGAGCACCUUGAUGAACCCAAAUCAAAGGCUGCCCAAGGUGGAGAUCCUGAGGAGUGCCAUCCAGUACAUCGAAAGGCUGCAAGCACUGGUGUCCUCCCUUAACCAGCAGGACAAUGAGACGGGACAGCAGGGACUACACUACAGACCCAGCCCGACCCAGGCAAGAGUGUCGUCGUCUAGUGAGCCCAGUUCUGGCAGCACCUGCUGCAGCAGCCCUGAGUGGAGCAGCACUCCCGAGCAGUGCACGCAGAGCUACAGCAGCGAGGAUCUCCUGAGUGUUGCAGACUCUCCAGAGCACAGGAACAUGCAGGCCCUGACCUCCAUCGUGGACAGCAUCUCUGCAGCAGAUGGAGCUGUGGCUUUUCCAAUGGACAUUCCCAAAUAGACCCUCCAUACAGCAGACCCAUGGGUGCAGAAAAAUAAGCAAAUCAAAAAUUGGCAAAGCAAGCUGAGGAACAGUCCAAAAAAGUGUAUUUAAUUUAUUUAUUUGAGCUCUACUGAUCUGAAUGUCUUAGGCUAAAAUGUAAAAGUAGGGAUUAGUUCAAAUCGUCUCUCUGCUGAAAAAAUGGGUCUGCUAGCUAAACUGAAUUCCUCCUGAUCACAAUGAGGCCUCAUUCCCUUUUAUUCCUUGCCUUAUCCCGCGGUCCAGACCUGCCCGUCACAGCCACUGGAGCUUAGUCCAACCACAGAUUAAAGGACUUUGCUGUAUGAACCUAACACCUUCUUCCAAAAGUGGACCUCUGUUAGUCUGCUGUCCAGUCUGAUAGAUCCACAGAGGAGCAUUAAGGCCGAGCUUUCCUUUUACUUAAUUUAAGUUUUCCUCUUUUCGAAAGCUUUCCCUCAUAUUUCAUUCAUUUUGUGUGUGUUUUUAUGCUUAAAAAACAUGAGUUUAUUUGUGGGGCCAAUAUGUACCAUAGCAGUUUUGACCAAGAUCUGCUUAAUUUAAACUGGUAAUGAAUGCUAGUGAUGUAAAUACGUUCCCUUUUUCUACAGAGUGGUUUUGCCAUUUUAUUUUUUAUUUUUUGCUAACUUAUUUUUGACUUUUAUAACUACGAUUGUUGUGUAUUUAGAUGUUGCAAGCUGAAAUUUUC